UAGAGCAAAAAGGUAUGGGAAAUGAAAUGCGAGCUAGGUUUAUAAAAGACGAGGUGGUUCAUCGAGUGAUGGGUUAAAAAUUUCAGAGAGCUAUUUGUGGCCUGCCGCCUCACACGCCAGAUACAGACAGAACAGCAUGGAGACACUUCUUUUUCUAUUUCCUCAAUUCAACUACAUGGCCCCAAAGGAGGAAGCAUAUUUCAAAAUGCUUGGUCCAGAAGACUUGCAGGCACCAAAGAUGAAGGACGAUUCUAGCAGACAGAAAGACAAGGAGAGGAAGAGCCGACUAAGCCUUUUUCUCACCAAGUCAGGCUCCCAUGAAAACGUCAGUCCCCAUAAAAAGACAAAUACGGCAUCCAGCAACAUCUCACCAGAGGCAGCUUUGCAAUGGAGUGACUCCUUUGAAGAACUGCUAAAGCACUCAGAUGGUGUAGAAACCUUCUCUCAGUUCCUCAGGACAGAGUUCAGUGAGGAAAACAUCGAGUUCUGGUUGGCCUGCGAAGAAUACAAGACCAUUGAUUCUGAGACAAAGCUGCUGUCCAAAGCCAAAUAUAUUUAUACAGUAUUUAUCGAAUCGGAGGCCCCUAAAGAGGUCAACAUUGACUACAACACCAAGAUGGCCAUCCAGAAGAACAUAGCACAGCCCACAAAGAGCUGUUUUGAAGCUGCACAGAUGAAAGUCUACAGCCUGAUGAAAAAGGACUCCUACCCCAGGUUCCUGCACUCUGACAUUUAUCUGCGUGUGACCAGGCGGAAAGGCCCCGGGGCCACCAUGUUUCGCAGAAGGUCACGCUCCUGUGUAUUCAACGAGAGAGGCGAGGCCACAACUGAACCCUCGGCCUGGUAGUUGUAACAUCACAGGUGUAGUAGCUCCCUCUGUGAAACAGAUCGCUAUAUAGGAGAUAAUCCAUGAUUUGCAGCGCAGUUGUUGAAACAUUAUGAGUGGUGCGGGGGCUUAUUAUCCACAGGUUUGCUUCUGCGGAGUGUGUUAUUUUUUGUAACUACAGGGGUGGACUAUCCCAGUUACAGAGCACCACAGCAGCAUGCCAGUGAUAUAAAAUUAAUAAUAAUUUCAAUAAUUUGACAUUUUAGGUAAUGCACUUAUUUGCUUUCUUGAACUCAAACAUGAGGAUUGAUACCACUCUCAGGUGUGUAAAUAUGAAGCUACAGACAGCAGAUGGCUAGCUUAGCUUAGCAUAGCAUAAAGACUGGAAACAGGCACUUAUUAACAUAUAUCUUUUUUUGUUCAAUCUGUACAAAAAGCAAAAGCAAAAAGGAUAUGUUGUGGUGUUAGGGGCUAUUUAUUACCCAGACACACUAACUUCCUGGAGUCUUCACUGGUUGCCUGACAACCACACAUAUGACAACAUUUAAGGAAGUUUAGCUUCCUUGUUGUUACUGCCUUUUUCCAGUGUUUAUACAAAGCAAAGCUAACUGAUAUCUACCGUACAGACACAAGAGCGAUAUUUAUCUUCUCAUCUAGCUUGUGGCAAGAAUGUGAAUAAGCAUAUUUAAGAUGUUGUACUUUUUCUUUAAGUACUGUACUACGCAGCCGAAUAACAGCUGACACCAUUAGCCUCUCAGCUACAAGAAUACAUUUAAAAAAGGUUACUAGGCCACUACGUCACAACCAUGUGGUUAUCUGAAAAUAAUGGGCACCCUCCGGCCAAUCAGAACUGACUGUUCUCUGUGGCCAAAGACACCAGAUUACUUUGCAGCACCUGCAGCAAAGAUCCAUUCUCUCUCUCAGAGGCACUGCACUGCUUCUGGAUUGAACCUGAUGAUUUCUAUAUUUUCUCAAAUUUUACAAAACUUGAAUGACAAUGGGGUGGUUGGAGACAGAAUCUCAGCUGAAGUGCCUCCAUACUACUGACAGUACCCAGCCAGCUGUACAGGCAGCCACACUGAGGCCACUCUGACUUCAGACAUGAUACACUUUGAUUGCUUUGUCUUCCAAUCUAGCAAUAGCACCUUACACAACAUUAAUACAGCCGAUAUGGCAUACAAGCUAAUUUGACCAUAUCUCAUUAAAAUGGUUUUAUGAUUUUAUCCCUCGCACUGUCCAAUCCCCUCCAGACUAACUUGGAGUGAAGGCCUGCAGCCAUAGUGACUGCAAAGCGCUGAAACUUUUUAAUGAGGGAUAUAAAUCUUUCAUUUCUGUUAUUAAUUAGAAUGUAUCCCAUUUUCACACACAGAAAAUGCAUGUGUCUUAUUUGAAUACUAAUAUUACAUCAUAUUAAUUAUGAUUGCUAUUUUUCAGAUUGCUACCAUCUAAUAUAAUUUAUGUAUUAUUAUGAUCAUAUGUGUUGCCUUGCUGUUGUAAAUGUACAUACUAUUAUAUGUGGAGUAACUCAAAUAAACACUUUCUUACAAAAAUA